AAAAACACACACAUGGCACAAAUCCAAACCUAAUCCGCCAAACACAACAAACCACCUCCCGUAGCUCCCAUGCAUGCAUUGCUGCACCCCUCUCUUCCCUUGCUAGCCGUUAUAUAAGACGACGUCCUUUCUUCUACAUCGAUCACGAUCACUACCUCCCCUGAUAUCUGAAACUUUGGUGCAACAGCGAUCAUCACUUCAUUGCCUGAUGGAGUCUUUCAACAGAAUUAGUCUUCUUUUAGUCUUUCUUCUAGCUCUCAUUUAUAGAAUCAGCGCAGAAGUGCAGUACCACGACUUUGUGGUGCAAGAGACGCCGGUGAAGAGGCUGUGCAAGGCUCACAACAUCAUCACCGUCAAUGGGCAGUUUCCCGGCCCGACCAUUGAGGUAAAGAACGGUGACACGAUCGUCAUCAACGUCGUCAAUCGAGCGAGAUACAACGUCACACUUCACUGGCAUGGCGUGAGACAAUUGAGGACGGCGUGGGCGGACGGGCCGGAGUUCGUGACGCAGUGCCCCAUCAAGCCGGGCGGCAGCUACAGGUACAGGUUCACGAUCCAGGGACAGGAGGGGACGCUGUGGUGGCACGCCCACAGCUCCUGGCUCAGAGCCACUGUCUACGGAGCUCUGAUCAUCCGUCCCAAGGAAAACGCAUCGUACCCUUUCGCUGAGCCCAAGAGAGAAAUCCCUCUCAUACUCGGGGAGUGGUGGAACAGGAAUCCCGUUGACGUCGUCAGAGAAGCAACGCGCACCGGCGGCGCCCCCAACAUCUCUGAUGCCUUCACCAUCAACAGCCAGCCCGGUGAUCUGUACAAAUGCUCUUCCAAAGAGACUACUGUGAUUCCGGUGAAGGCCGGGGAGACGAAUCUCCUCCGUUUCAUUAACGCCGCGCUCAACACCGAGCUCUUCGUUGCCAUCGCUAACCACAAGAUGACGGUGGUGGCCGCCGACGCCUCGUACACCAAGCCUUUCACCACCUCCGUGCUCAUGCUCGCUCCCGGCCAAACCACCGACGUUCUCGUCACCAUGGAUCAACCGCUCUCCCGCUACUACAUCGCCGCGCGUGCCUACGCUAGCGCUGAGGGCGUAGCCUUCGACAACACCACCGCCACCGCCAUCCUCGAGUACGACUGCGGCUGCGCCAAACCGGGUCCCGCCGUACAACCGAUCUUCCCAGCGCUCCCUCCCUACAACGACACCGCCGCCGUCUCGGCCUUCACCGCCGCCAUUAAGAGCGCUUCCUCCGUCGAGGUCCCAGGCCCCGUCGACGAGAACCUCUUCUUCACCGUGGGUCUCGGCCUCUUCGAUUGCCCCAAAGGAAAGACUUGCGGGGGGCCCAACAACACCCGCUUCGCCGCCAGUAUGAACAACGUCUCCUUCGUGUUCCCUGGCACCACCUCCCUUCUGCAAGCGCACUAUCAGCGGGUGCCGGGCGUCUUCACCACCGACUUCCCGGCAGUGCCGCCGGUGCCCUUUGACUACACGGCGAAGAACGUGAGCAGCAGCCUGUCGCAGCCGGUGGCGGGGACGAAGCUGUACAAGCUAAAGUACGGGGCGGUGGUUCAACUGGUGCUGCAGGGCACCAACAUCGUGACCGGCGAGAACCACCCGAUCCACAUCCACGGCUACAACUUCUACAUUCUGGCGGAAGGGUUCGGGAACUUCAACCCGGCGACGGACAACGCCAAGUUCAACCUGGUGGACCCGCCGGAACGGAACACCGUGGGCGUGCCGGCGAACGGCUGGGCCGUGAUCCGGUUCGUGGCGGACAACCCAGGCAUAUGGCUUAUGCAUUGUCACCUGGACGUGCACAUCACGUGGGGGCUGGCCAUGGCGUUUCUGGUGGAAAAUGGAGAGGCGGAGCUGCAGGCCCUUGAGGCCCCACCGCCCGACCUUCCAACUUGCUGACGAACAUCCUCAUUUCACCUAAUUGCUACACAAUUUUAUGAGUUCGAAUUAUUUGAUUAGGGUAAACCAUCUAUGAUUUUGUCCACCCUUUUCUUAAUCAUGUAGACCCACGGUGAAUAAAAUUCGCUUCAAAUAUUCA